CAGCUUUACGACAACUCGCCGUGUGUUGCCAUGUCGUAAAGCGCUUUGUACGACCUGCAAGCAAGAGAGAAGAGGCCUUUAAGAUUAUAAAUUAUUAGAUGAUGAAAGUAGGGUUAUUAGCACGCACUUUUAUUUCAUAAACAGUGUUGCAGCCUUUCUCACGAUGAUCAUAGAGAAUGUGGAGGCAUUGAAGUCGUGGCUGGCAAAACUCCUGGAGCCAAUUUGUGAUGCAGACCCCUCUGCUUUAGCCAACUAUGUGGUUGCUCUUGUGAAGAAGGACAAACCAGAGAAGGAGUUAAAAGCGUUUUGUGCUGAUCAACUUGAUGUCUUUCUGCAAAAAGAGACGACAGGGUUUGUCGAUAAGCUUUUUGAGUGUCUGACAACCAAGAACUAUUUAGGAAUCCCUGCUGCAAAGGAGACCCCUAAAGAGGAGGUUAAACCACUUGCAGUCAAAUCUGAUAUUGUUGAGGCUGAAACGGCAGAGGAAGAGAGAGAAAACAGGUGGAGGAGAAGUCCUCAGAGAAAUCGCCCUGAGUUCAAUGAGUCCAGGAGUCGCGACGACAGGAGGCGAGAGGAGCGCAAGCGUCGUGACUUUGAUCGCCACGGGAAAAGCGGCAGUGAUUCUUACCGUGAGAGGGAGCGACAUGAGCGUCGUAGGGGCAGUCGUAGCCGAAGUAGGAGUGGCAGUCGAGGGAAGAGCAGGGACAGGGAGCACAGAGGAGGCAGAGCAGAUUUCAAGUCAAAGUUUGAGGUGGACAGAAAGGAGACCGACAGCUACAACUCUUCAACCACAUCUGUCUCACAGCACCAGCAGCAGCAGCAGCACCACCACCACCACCCAGGGCCUCUUCUACCCUUGCCUACAACUACGCACCAUUUCUCUUCCACCUCAUCAUCUUCUACUGGAGUCUCUGGGCCUGUUGGUGUUCCUAUUGCGACAUUGGCUCACCUGCCUGACAGCACUACAGACAGUUGGUCAAGCUUCUACAGCAACCAAAGGCAGGAUGGUGUUGGAAAGCCGUUCAACAACAAAAGCGUUUCACUGAAGCAGCGCUGCAGGGAUUAUGAUGAAAAGGGGUUUUGUGUCCGUGGGGACCUUUGUCCUUUCGACCAUGGAAACGACCCUCUCAUUGUUGAUGAUGUCAACCUUCCUAAGAUGAUUCCGUUUCCACCUCCACCUGUGAUGCCCCCCGCCAGUCUACCUAUGCCUCCUAUCACUGAGCCUCCUCCUCCUCUCAGGAUUCCCUCGAUACCACCCUACAGCCAACCGCCACCUCCGGGUAUCUUCCCAAUGCCAAGACCCCCACUGAUAGCAACCAGUGGAAUUGAUACCCCCAACCACCAAUCUGCAAUCACUUCUUCUCCUCCUAUUGGACCACCUGGCGUAGGGCUGCCGCCUAAUCUUCCUCUUCCUCCUCCACCUCCUCCUUCGUCCUCAUCUGUUUCUCACCAUCCCCAAUAUGUCCAGUCUGAAUAUAAUUAUGAUCCAGAGGGCUACAACCCAGAAUCCCCUGCACUAACUCCAGCAGGUCGUAAUCCCUACCGUCAGUUUAUACCCAGAAUACAGACGCAGCGGCCAAAUCUAAUCGGUCUCACUUCCAAUGAAGGUCAAGGAUCAAGAGCUGCAAACAUCGUGAUCCAGACAGAACCAGUCUCUACAGCCAACACUGGAAAUAAUGCCUCCUCUUUAAAUGCUGACCAGGACAACAGGAAAAGGACAAUGGGACAUAGUGCAGCUGAUGGACCUGGUGCUAAGAAACCCUGGAUGGAAAAGACAAAUUUCAACAACCAGCAUAAGAGCAAUUUUCCGAAGAGGAUUCAAUAUGUCAACACCAAGCUGGAAGUGCGCAAGAUCCCUCGCGAGCUGAAUAAUAUCACCAAGCUCAAUGAGCACUUCAGCAAGUUCGGGACUAUUGUCAAUAUUCAGGUUGUGUUUGGUGGCGAUCCAGAAGCAGCUUUGAUUCAGUACACUAAGAACGAAGAGGCCAGACGCGCCAUAUCCAGCACCGAAGCUGUGCUCAACAACCGCUUCAUCCGUGUGUACUGGCACCGUGAGACCGGCACCAACAACACAGGUGUUCAGCAGCAGGAGCAAACCCCAGGGAACCAGGCAGCCGGAGCAGCUCCCGGCCAGGGGACGCAGCACGGCGCAGUGCAUAAGGGAAUAAAACAGCACAACCCAGCUGCGUACGUCUUAAACAAGACUUUACCAAAGCAUCGCCUGCCGCCAGUAGCUGGGACAACAGCCACAACCAAACCAGACGCCCUCAACACAAACACAGAGGCUGCCACUGCGGCACCUGCAGUGCCAAAUACUCAGAAGAGUCCCUACGUUUCCACGGCCCUCAAGUCGUCUUCGAAAAGCCUUGGGAAAACGGGAAAAGCGCUAGAAGCACAGGAAGCCCUCAAGAAGAAACAGGAGGCAUUAAAACUUCAGCAGGCUAGGAGAAAGAAGAAACAAGAGAUGCUGAAGACGCAGAUCGAGUGUCAGAAAGCCUUGAUAAAUCGUCUGGAGAAGAACCGAACCAUGAAGCCUGAGGAGAGAGCGAAUAUCAUGAAGACCCUAAAAGAGCUGACCGACAAAAUUGCCCAGCUGCAGAAUGAAAUGAAUCUGGCCUCUCAGGUCUCCAGCAUUAAGUCCAACAACAACCAGUCUAAGUCCAAGAUUGAUGCUCAGAAGGAAUUGCUGGAUGCAGAGCUGGACAUUCACAAGAAGAUGAGCUCUGGAGAAGACACAACCGACCUCAAAAGAAAACUUGGGUUGCUACAAGUCGAGGCCACACGGUUGGGUCUGAUUCGACCUCCAUCAAAUCGUGGCCGGGGGCGCGGAAAGAUGGCACUUGAGCCUGGUUCUGCACAUGUCGGUCGCGGAAGGGGUCGAUCCCGGGAUAUGAUGGGCCGCGGUGGGGCUGUGAACCGCAUGGUGGUGGACCACAGACCCAGAGCCCUCGCUAUUUUGGGGGUCACCCCUGAGGAAAAGGAAGAGCUAAUGCCCCAUUUUGUGAAAUUUGGGGAGAUCGAGGAUCUCCGCGACCAAGACGCCACCAGUGUUGUCAUGACUUUCAAGACGAGAAGUGAAGCAGAGAAUGCAGCUAACCAGGGGGCGAAGUUCAAAGGUCGAGUGCUUCAAAUUUCCUGGUACAAGCCGAAAACGCCAUCAGUUACUACAGAGCCUGAGGAAGAAGAGUCUAAAGAUGAGGAAAACAAGGUACGAAGCAACGUCAACACAAACCCACGGCACGAAAAUGAGGAAGCUAGCUCUUAUUUGCAUGGUGACGAGGAAGAAGAAGAGGAAGAGGAGGACGAGGAUGAAGACGACGAGUACGAGAGCCGAUCCUGGAGACGGUGAAGAAGUCGCGCUCUGUCAUCGACCGCUCUCCGGCGAUGUUAACAGUCGAUUUCCCUCUAGUGAAGAUGAUAUCGUCGAGAUAGAAAUCAACUUUCUUUUUUUUUUUUCUUCCAGUGUUUUCAAGCUGAAGUAAUUUUAGACAAAACAUCUUUAUUGUAUAUCACAGGAAUUCUCGAGGGUUGACUUUUUUUUUUUUAACCCCUCAAGUAAAUUAUUUAAUACGUCUCACUUUUGCUGAGAAAAGAUAAAUGUUAAUUUGUUCUUAAAUAUAGGGGAGGAAAAAAACAAAUAAGUUCGAGUGUGCUUACCAGAUGAUUAAUAUCAGUAAUGCACAACAUUUGUGUCUACUGUGAAUAGGUAUUUUUAUACAUACUGUAUUUAAAGUCUUUUCUCAACAGUUUUUUUGAAAGAAAAAAAGAAUUCUCGUCCUUGCCCUUCAGGGACAGUCAUUCCAUUAUUGAUAAAACGUUCUCUGCUGCUGCCAGAGAGAUGACUAUUUAUUUUUCCACUGCAAAAAAACGUGCACUGUGUUGUACCCAAGUAUAUUGGCACAGUAUGGCAAAGUUUCUCUCUUCUCUUUUUUAUAUUUCUUUCACCAGGAGAUGUAAAAUAUUUCUGACAGAUGUUAUGUUUGGCAGGCAGGAACACAGUCAAGACUGUACCACUGGCUCUCCGUGGUGCAGACACUGCACGGUAACUCUAGAGAAGCCGGCGCAGGUACAAUAGCAAACCAGUGCAAUAAAAACCAACUAACCAACUUGUUUACAGAUGCUUAGUCCAUGCAGUUUAGAUACAGUCUUGUAGUGAUUGCCCCUCCGCCCCCCCCCACACUAUACCCUUCUCAUGUGUGAAACUCUAUUUUUAGUGCCACUUUGUGUUAACACACACACCCACAUGGGUGUUUACUAUUUCCUAAGACUGUCAAACAUGUUUUCUUAUUUGUCUUUGGUUUUUAUUCUGUCACCUGGCAGGACAAGGAGUAGAUCAUACAAAAAAACCCCAUGAGAUCAAUAGACAAGCGUCUGAAUGUAAUACUGAAUUUAUUCUAUUUCUUUGCCUUACGACGUCAGCAGACGGCUGAACAUUUUUACACAACUUGUGAUUUACUUUUGUAGAUUUUUGUAACUGCUCGAGAGGGAACUUACUGCUGUACAGCCCUCAUUCACACCUUAGUAACAGGUUUUGUUUUCUUAUCCACAGUGUUCACCAUCCCCGUCCCACUAUAACUGUUCAGACUAUGUCGCACGGUUAUUUACACGCGUCGUAAAAGUGGUUUGUUUCUGUUCAUUCAUCAUUAGAGCGUUCGGAGCUGCUUGUGUCUGCGGUUAAAAACAUCGCAUUUAUCUCUAACAGUUGUUCUGUCUUGUUACACGCUGAAAUACUGUGGGAGGGAGGAAUAACAGGAAUAACACUCUGACUGUUAUUGAUGCAUUUUUGUUGUUAAAUCCAAAAGAGAACAUUUUCUUGUAAGACCAAAUUACUGUUUAUUGACGUUCAUUCACGACAAGUUUUUUUAAUUAAAUGAAUCCUUUGACUUCUGUCAUAAUUUUAAUGAAACAUUUCAACAAGGCCAGAUUAUUUAAUAAGAAAUAAAAACUGUAUUCAUUGUUCGUUGCUCCCUGCAUGGAAAUUCAUUCAGGGCUUUUCUUAUUUUUUCCCUUCCUCCCACAGUUUUGGUAUCGUUCUAGUUUUCUUUCUAUUUUGACACCAGCUUAAAUGAUCACAUUUAAGACUUCCAAAAAUCACUACCCAUUACAUCAGUCCUGACAGGAGCUCACGUGUGUGUGUGUGUGUAGGAAAGCUGACAAUGCAUUUGCACACGAUUGGCAGUCAUGUUUUACGUACUUGUCAGCAGUAGUUUUAACUGAUAAACCUGUUCCUGCAGGAUUUUUUGCUUGUGUGAUUUAAGGAAACAGAGAAAGUACAGCUCAACACUUUUCUACUACCCUCUGUCUGCUUCUCACAACGAUAGUGUAAAAAGUUGUAAAAUGUUUAUUGGAUAAUAGUUUUGGAUUUGUUACUGUUUAUAUUUGCAGGAUGUGUAUGUAUUUUCUCCAUGUCUUUUGUUUGUAAAGAAAAAAGAAAAAAAGGAUUUCUAAUUUACAAGCAUGUUUGCUUUUGCCAAUAAAGAUUGAUAAUGGGGUGCUUGUAAAGUAAACAGAAAAGAAGGAAAAAAUACAAUAUGAAUUGGACUUGGUAGUGGGAAAAAAAGAGAAAGAAAAAAAGCGAGAAAAAAAGAAAAAAGUCAACAUUGGCAAGAUUGGGUAGAAAAGUCAAGCAAAAGCAUUCCAGAAAAUAUCACCAUAAA